UUCAUUGAAAAUGUCAAAGAAAUCAUUUAAAAUUUCAAAUGUGCUUUUGAUGGGAAUUGCUGUUUUGUAUUUAAUGGAGUUGAAUACAGCUUCAAGUUUGGAACUAAAUAGAGAAAAUGAUGAUAUCAUUGAAAAGGUUGAAUAUGAAAUUAUUUAUUUGAGAUUAUACAAAAAAAAUUAUGACUCCAAAGGAGGAAAUAAUAUUGAGAUGCAAGUUUCUGAAUUUAUUAAUAAUGAAAGGGCAAGAAUAAAAGAAAAAUUAUAUGCAAAUGACAAUGUGCAAUAUAUUUACAAUGAAAUUAAAAAACCCUUAAAUUAUUCAAGAGUAUGUAUGGAAGAAUUUUUUCCUUCUCAAAAAUUAAUGAGAGAACUGGAAACGAUUUAUGGAGAUUGUGCUUAUCAAAUAAAUUUUAAUAAGACUGAAUUUAGUCGAAAGAUUGCAGAAAAAAUUGAGGAAGGGAUAAAGCUUAAAGCAAAGCUUGAUGAAAUUAAAAUGAAUUGCUUUUUGAUGCAAAGAAAAGCACCUAAUCCAGAAGAAAUUAAAAUUUGUUUAAAUAAUAAUGGCAUUUCACUUGUUGAAGCCUACUUGAAAGAAGCACGUUCAUUAUCUCUUGAAGGUUACGCAGAGAGUCAAGUAUAUAAAUGUUUAGAAGAACCAAUAAUUCGUUAUCGUUCUAAUGAAACUUUAAUUGCAAAUGCUGAGGAUUGUGAAAUGGAUCCUAUUAUAAAAACAAUUGGAUAAUUUUAAAUAAUACUAAUGAUAUUUUAAAAUCAUAUUUCUCUGA